CGGUAGUACAACCGCUAGGAAAACAGUCUCUCAUGGACGAUAGCUCACGAAGAAUAGCUCUAGGAUAAUUAAUUCGCAAUAAGUGGCGCAGGCUAGAUUAUUUGUCGAAAGACAGAGGAUAUGGUCAAAUACACACGCACACACCUGUAUAAUACGCGGGAUAUAAAAUCGGAGCGAUAUUAUUAACCAAAUCGUUAAAUAAUAAAUAAAUAAAAACACGCAACGAUCGCGCGCGUUCCGAUCGAACUCGACUUCCGACGUCGCCUCGUGAAUAAUUUCUGCGCAAAAACGGGGAAAAUAAAUUUCGCACGCACUCGUAAAACGCGAAGCCCGACGCAAAGUGACGUUGACGGUGUGGAUAAACGGGGUGCAGCAUUUCGAAGUUGUGUGCGAACGGCCAUGGUGGCGUAGGUUUCGGGAAUGCGCAGGGAGGACAGAGGGCAACGCGGGCUAUAAGAGGGACGCCGAGCGUCGCGACGCCACAGAGGCUUCUGCUGUCUCCGCUCGCAGAUUCAACUCUCAUCUGCAGCCCGAUUUAUCGACGGAUAACCGUUUACCUCGCCCCGCGAACAGAUCGUCGAUUAAGCCAGCAGCCUUGAAUCGACAAGGAGAAAACAGGAUGUUCGCCGAUUAUUCAGCCAGGAUUCCGCUCCGUCUCAUCCUUGUUACGAUCUUCGGCGUUUUCGUCUCUUUGGCAUCCGCAUCCAACUCUGAUCUCGGCCCUCGACUCGAGCAACAGCUGCCUUUGGUGCCGGACGUGCAGAAGGAGGUCGGCUUCGAUCCUCAUUUUCUCGAGGAACGUGGACUGCGAGAGUCUCGUGAAACCGUACAUUUCAUCUCAGAUUGCAUGCACGUCGCCUCGGAACCGGGUCACUACGUCUACAAAUCACCAUCGAACGACCAAACAGCCUGCGGCGUCUACUUUUUAACCGAUCCGGACCGUCUAGUCGAGCUCCAUUUCACUUCCUUCGACGUACCUUGCGACCGAGGUGGUCUCGUCUCGUUCGUCGACGGAUGGGAACUGAACGGUGAAGUAUUUCCGAGCGCGGCCGAUCAUCCGCUCUCGCUGGACGAGAGAUUGUCGGAAUUCUGCGAAAGACGGGUGAGAAAGGUAUUUUUGAGCAGCCAAAAUGCGGCCUUGAUUCAGUACAAGAUUCCGCAGAAAGGACGAGGAUUCAGCGUGAUGGUGCGUUUUCCAAAAAAUCCCAAUCCCUGCAACAUCCUCGUCGACAGCUUGUCGGACUUGUUCACCCUUCGGAAUUACGGACGCCGAGUGAACUGCACCCUCAGCGCGAUGUACCCGGCAGUGGUUCGGGUGAUUGCUCUCGGCGUUGGAAUCGGAAGUCCUCGAGGUGCGAAUCGCGAAAUGGAAACGGGAACCGUGCACCAGUGCGACAAGCGGGGUCUGCAGGAUCACGUACAGAUCGGAGGAAGCGACGGACUGGAUUCGACGAAUCUGCUUCUCCUCGACUCGAUUUGCGGGGUGAAUUCGAAGCCAGAGGGCAUCGAGAACGUGAUGGGAUGCGGGGUGACUUCGGUGAGGCUCGUUUCAAGCGGGCUUUUCGACAAUUCGGUGACCGUCGCCGUGCGUCCUGCUACCGAAAACGACAUAAUCGACGCGAAUCUGAUAUGCGGCGUUUGAAACUUCGACGUAAAGGGGGUUCCCGCCCCCUCGAAUCCUCCGGACUCCCAGACUAGAUUUCUAACGUACAUCAACAUUCCAUAUGUUUCGAAGAAUUUUCGAGUUAAUUAGUUAAGACGAAUGCUAUGGGGAACAGUCUAACGAAUUUCUUUAAAACACAAACUUACGGAACCAUACAUUAUAUAUUUGAAGAUCAUUCGCCGCUGAGAGUAUAAUAACGAUGAUGAUAAUAAUAGUAAGAGGACCAAGUUCUCCGCCGAUAAAAAAUUAUCUCUUGACUUAUUUGUUACUGAAAACUAUAAAUAUAUAAGUGUAACGACGUGCGUUGUAUAUUUCGUUAUGUUUAAAUAUUUCUAGACACAUGAUAAUACCUAUUAUACACACUAUAUAGUACAUAUGCUGUGCAAUGUUAAUUUCAAUAAAUUUAUCUUAGCGUACAUGUA